UCCUGUGUCCCUCCCUCCUGUCCUGACUUCUGGCCUCUUCCUGUGCUGUUCUCUCGUUCUUGUCGUCGUCCAAAGGGCCCACCCCUUGCCUGUUGUUAGCAAGUGCUGUUUGCGCUAGUAUCCGAUUCGAGCUAGAGAUAAGCCAAUUUGCUGUUCGGCCUUCUUCGUUCAACCUUGACAAGCUGGACAAAGCACCUUGGAUUGUGCACGCCGCCACCGUUGUUUCUUGGUGCUUCCCAGAUCUGCCGACGUUUGACUAUUCGUCUCGCAACUCCAACCUCUCGAGCCGCGCUUCUCAACGGGCCGCUUGCACUACCAACCUUUUUUCUGGAAUAAGCUAGUAUCGCAUUGAAAGCUUCCAUGUCGCUCCCUCCGAAGGCGCUGUCGAUUCAGCUCCCGCCGAACCAGUUCGAGGACGAGGCGGGGGGAGGCGGCAGCUCGUCCGAUGGCAGCGGCGCGGACGGCGUCGCGAAGAAGGAAGACGAAACGCAGAACACGGGCACGCCGAGCGGGUCAUUGAAGCGGAAGCGGAACCUUCCUGGAAACCCUGAUCCAGACGCGGAAGUGGUCGCGCUCUCCCCGCGCACCCUCCUCGCGACGAACCGGUUCGUGUGCGAGAUCUGCAACAAGGGCUUUCAGCGCGACCAGAACCUGCAGCUUCACCGCCGCGGCCACAACCUCCCCUGGAAGCUCCGCCAGCGCACCACGCAGGAGGUGCGGAAAAAGGUUUACGUCUGCCCGGAACCCACGUGCAUUCACCACGACCCGUCGCGCGCGCUGGGGGAUCUGACCGGGAUCAAGAAGCAUUUUUGCCGCAAGCACGGGGAGAAGAAGUACAAGUGCGAGAAGUGUUCGAAGAAGUAUGCGGUGCAGUCCGAUUGGAAGGCGCAUAUGAAGACGUGCGGUACUCGCGAGUAUCGAUGCGACUGCGGAACCCUCUUUUCAAGGCGCGACAGCUUUAUCACCCAUAGGGCUUUCUGCGACGCGCUCGCCGACACCGGUCCUACCAGCGUCAAGCCCGAGCCCGGCGAUUCCGCCACUGCAGGUGCGGCUCCCGGCAGCGUCGGCGGGCUCGGCCACAAGGGCGCGGGAUUCGAGGGGGACGCGCUGCGAGGCGCCGCCGUUAUGUUCGGAGAUGACGUCACGAAAGCCGCUGCUGCUGGGGGGAACUUUCUCCCCGGUCAGCAACAAAACUUCCAGGGGCAGAGCGGACAGUCUCAGCAGCAGCAGCAGGGUCAACAGCAGCAGUGGUCGUCGCAGGAGUUCGCCGAUUUGGUCAGUCGAGCGAUGAACAAGCAAGGCGGGGGCGGUAUGGGGCUGUGGCUCGGCCAGGGGUCCAACAACGGCGGGCAGAGCCAGGGGAUGACGCCGCAGCAGCAGAUGCUACAGGCUGUGAGCCAGGGAGGGCUGAACCCGAGCGCUCUGCUGGCUGCGAUCAACAAUAGUGGCGGAAGCAUGGCGAGCCUGCUGGGUGGCGCUGGAGGUGGCUCGCUGGGCGAAGCUGCUGCGAUGCUGCUGCAGCAGAAUCAGCAGCAACAGGGGCUACAGCAGCUGCAGCAAGACCAGCAGCAGCAGUCGCUAAUGCAACAGCAGCAGCAGCAGCAGCAGCAGCAGCAGCAGCAGCAGCAGCAGCAACAGCAACAGCAGCAGCAACAGCAGCAACAGCAGCAGCAACAGCAGCAACAGCAGCAGCAACAACAGCAACAGCAGCAGCAGCAGCAGCAACAGGAGUCCCAGGACCAGCAGCAGGUGCUUCUUCAGGCGAUUCGCAAUCUGGGAGGAUCCAACCAGCUUCUGGCUAACCUGGACCUCUCUAAAGUCUCCAGUCUUCUCUCCUCCCUGGGCGGCGGAGCCGGCGGUAAGGACAUCGGCUCUCUAAUCUCCUCCCUUCUCGGCCCAAACAGCAGCAUGCCUGCUGGGGGUCUCUCGGGAGCAGCCAACCUGGACCCAGGCUACGACCAGAACAGUAACGUCUAUGGCGGUGGCGUUGGUGGCGGUGGCGUUGGUGGCGGUAACAACCAGGGCAGCCUCUCAGGGUCUGCAAGUGGUCUGCCUGGAGUGGGCAUGGGGGCGGACCCCUACAACCCCGGCGGCGCUGGCCUGCACGGGUCAGCGCCGGGGGUUGGAGACGGUCUAGGGCAAGGCGCACAGCAGGACGGCCUGCAGGGGCUGUCAGGGGUUAACCUCCCGGAUCUCCUGCAGCAAGCGGGCGCUGUGCUCGCCCGGUCCGGAGGCCUGGGGAACCUCGGUGGUGCCGGUGGCGCGGGGUCGUCGCUUCUCACAAGAGCCAUUGAGACGCUGGCCAGUCAGGGUUUGCCGCUGGGCGGAGGGCAGAACUCGGGCCUGCUGGACGCGGUGGCUGGGCUGGGAGGGGGGCAGGGCAACUUCGGGGGGGCAGUCGGCGCGCUGGCAGGGUCUCUGCCGCAGCAGGAACAGGGGGGGAUGAUGGGAGGGCAACAGCAGCAGCAGCAGAAUCAGCCACAGCAGCAGCAGCAGCAGCAACAGCAGCAGCAGCAGCAGCAGCAGCAGCAGCUUUCCAGUGAGCUGAUUCAGCGCCUGGCGGAUAAGUUACCGCCCGGUCUUAACGUGGACACGCUGCAGUCCGCUCUGAGCAUGUAUCCGGAGCUUGGAGCCAACGGCGCGCUGUCCUCCGCCCUCAACUCCCUGCUCUCAGGAGGAGGGGGCUUCAUCGCCUCACAGCAGCAGCAACAGCAGAUGGGGAUGGCGGGAGGGGAGAAUGCGACAGGCGGACUGGGUGCAGAUGGCUGGGGUUCUAAUAUGGGUGGGGGGAAUGGUGGGGGCUUGGAACAGGGCAUUUCGGGCAUGCAGGAUAUUUUCUCUUCUGGUGGAGGCCAGAACUCGGUGAUGGCUGCCAUGCUGUCGGCAAGCAAUGGGGAUCUAGCAGGUGGAUUAGCCGGUGCGUUUGGAGGGGAUGGCAGUGGGGGCCUGCUGGGUGCUGGUGGGGACAUGCCUUCAGCAUUGCAGAAUAUGCUUAUGGCCAGGCAGCAACAGCAACAGCAGCAGUUCAAGCAGCCGCAGCAGCCACAGCUGCAGCAGCAGCAACAGCAGUUACUGCAGAGCGCUGGUCUCAAUACUGACACAUUGACUGCGGCUUUGCAAAGGGCACAGCAAGGCGGCCAUGAUCUCGGAGCAUUUGGGACGGUAACUAGGGAUUUUCUAGGGCUUGCUCGCUCUGUCUCAGCGUCUAGAAAUGUGAACGAGCUGCAAGAUCUGGCAGCUUUUGGUGCGCCAGCAAUGAACGAGGGUGCGACAGGAUAGAUCAAUUGGUGCUAUUUGUGUUGCAUUUUUAUUAGUGUAAAAGGUUUAACGUUUGUU